GGAAAAUGUGGCACGGCGGUCCUGACAACCUAAUAGUAAAAAUCAAUCAAUCAAUCAAUCAAUCAGGCAGUAGAGAAAGUAAAGAGCUAAUUUUUAAGAGUUCUUCAAAUGUCCUCUCAAAAUUCAGGGUGACUCCGCUCAAGGGUGGCAGGGUUUGGAAAACAUGCCCCUUACCAGCUCCUCCUUCCAGGUUCUAUCUCCUGAUCCAGCCAUACAUGUGCUCCAUCGAUGACGCUUCCUUCUAGGUCUUUCCCUCCCCACCGAUCUUCAGAGGUCUUGGGAGAGGGUGUGGAGGUGAUAAAACUGUCUUCGCCUCCCGCCACCCCCCACCCGGGUUUCCCAUAAAGCUUGUUUUCAGUUCCACAAUCUGGCCUUCCCCACACUGGGCAUGAGUUGUUUUUUUUUUUUGAGCAUUGAUUUCUUAUUGGGACUUGGGUACAGGAAGGAAGUUGUCAAGUGAAACUGUUUUGUUUUUUUCCAGGAAGCUGAGCUAAGCCUCCUAUCACUGGAGGAGCGAGAAGUAGCCGUGGAAAGGGCAGUACCGGACGGAGGCAGGUGGCCUGCUCUGAGCUCCCUGACUGGCUGCCCAUGAGCUCAGCUCCUGGGAGACGUCAUAUAUAUGGCUGAGGCAUCUUCCGAGACACUGAAGCCUGCCAGUGGCAACUGCAGCAUCUCCUCCUUGGAAGAGCCAGACCGGACCCCUCCUCAGACACAGCUUCCAGCCAGCAGGAGACUGCCUAACACAGAGCCCAGGUGCAGAGGUCUCAGCUCCAGGCGUCCAGGACAGGAGUGACUGCCGUGGGCCGAGUUUAUUUCCGAUGGAGCAUCUGCCGGGCUCAAGGAAAACUUCAGCAGACAGGAGAGCGGAGUCCCUGGACAGGUCGCACGCCCCCAGGAAGGGCUCGGAGUCCUGGAACUGCCAGUGCAUUUCUCUGCCCACCGCCCCCGCCAGGAGGGCACUUCGCCGCACAGCCAGCGACGAGGCCAUGCGUCCCCAGAGCCCAGAGCAGCCUGCAGAGGCGCAGGGCCCCACGGUUGCAGCCCUCACCGUGGAGGAGAGCAUGGGGUUUCUCUCCAGUGAGCAGCAGCCCCCGCAAGAUGCCAAGAAGGACAAGGCCCAGAAAGGGUGGCUGAAGAUGGUGCUGAACUUCUUCCUGAGGAAUGGGCACGAAGAGCCCAAAGAAAAGGUCAGCAGGAGGCCGAAGGGGAAGGAGGGCCUCCCCCUGCCCUCGGAGACCCCGGAGGCAGCAGGGGAGCAAGCCAUCAGUAGGAAAGCCCACGAGAAGAAGGCCAGCCGCAAGAAGCACAGUCAGAAGAAGCACUCUGCUGAGGAAACCCCGGGUGCUCAAGAUCAGGAGGCGAGAGGCCAAGGGACAGGGCUGCCCGGGACGGCUGCUGUCCUGCGCUCCCGGGAGGCUGGCCAGGGCCCCACAGGCAGGGGUGAGCAGACCCUAGGUGGGGAAGACGCUGAUCCCCCCCAGUCCUCGCUGCCCGAUGGGGCUGGUGCUGGAGCCUGGGACAGCUCUGCCCAGGCCACGGUGCACCCGCGAGAAGAAGAGCUCAGGAAGCUUGACAAGGACGCCAUCAUCCAGAUGAUUGUGGAGCUGCUCAGAAGAGUGGGAGACCAGUGGGAGGAAGAGCAGCUUCAGGCCUCUCAGUCAGAGGCGCGUCUGCAAAAGCGAAUCCCACCCCUAGUCAGCAGGAGGAGAUCCAGCAAGAGGGGCCAGCCUCACAAGAAACUGAGCUUCGAGGAGCCCAAGGGGGCGGGGGCUGCCCAACUCCAGGGCCCAGAGGCCGGGCCACCCAGGAGGCCCACCUUGCUGUCCCUGCACGUUGGCAGCCAGCGGCCCUCCUUCUCCAGCAGCCCUGGCUCGGAAGAACCCCAAGUCCCAGAGGCCCUGUCUCCGGACGGUGGGAGCCUGAGCCCUCCAGAGCUUCCCACCCAGACAGGAAGCGGGGAACCUGAAGAGGAGCUGCACCUGGACAGAGCCUCGGAAUACAAAGAGUUCAUCCAGAAGAUCAUUGCUCUACUCCAAGAUGCGGAAGAGCAGGAGAGUGAGAAGCAACCUCAAGUCCAGGAAGCAGAAGUGGCUGCAGAAAACCCAGCCCCAGUGUGCAGGAGGAAAUCCCAAGAGAGAAAGUCCAGCCUCAAGAGAGCCUUUUCUUAUAAGAAACAUGGCCCCAAGGAACCCAAGAGGGUGGGGUCUGCAAGGGCUACCAGCCCGGACACCCGGCCGACCAAGAGGCCCAGCUUGCUGUGUGUUGGCGGCCAUCGGUCCUCCAUCUCCAGCAGCUCUGGUCCAGAAGGUCUUGAGUUCCAGGAGCCCUUGGCUGCAGAAGGGGGACCGGCUGGGUUGUCAGAAGUAUGCUCCCAGACCAGAAGCCACAGGCCAGAAGGGGGACCUCCGCUGGAUGAAGCCUGUGAAUCCAAGGAGCGCAUCAUCCAGAAGCUGGUGGCCCUUCUCCAGGAAGUGGACGGCAAGCUGGGCAAGCAGAUCAGGCGAUACCCCAGCUUUAAGAGGUUUUUUUAUGAGUUCUCAGACGCCUCCCUCAGAAAGCUGGUAGCCACCCUGCGCAGCCAGGCGACCCACACCGCCCAGCCCGACAGGAACUUCGUCAGGAGACUCUUCCCAUUCAGCUUCGGUUCGGCUACCAAGUUUCCUGGCAACAACACGCACGCGGUCUGCAGCCUCAUGGGGCUCAGAGGCCGCCACGGCAGACCCGAUUACGUCUACUUCCCGUACAAGGAGGGCUCGCCGAACAUCGCGAGUCCAGACAGUCAAGGUCCGGACUGAAAGCUACACCCCGCCCUCGAGCACCUUGAAUGAGCCCAACAUUGGCAGCUUUCGCCAGGAGACUCUGAAGAUGUUUCUUGACAUCCCAAGCCCUGCCUCGCAAAUGACUGACGACAAAAGCAGCACCAUACCUAGGAGGCACUACUCAUGCCCAUGCGGUGUCCGACACCCUCGUCACAAAGCCUUCUCCCGCCGAGCUGGAUGCAGAGCCCACGUGGAACAGAUCUGCACUGGGGGAGUUAGGAGACCAGCGUCCCACCUGCCUUUCCGUGGUCUCAAACCCGCUGCAAGACCCCGUGCGUGUCCCCUCUCCUCUCCAGACCGUGGACUCUAGGCUAUCUACAGAAGCCUUCCGACAUUUUCCCAGAUGUUAGCCUUGAAUGAGUCUUAGUUUUAAAAGUAAUUUUUUUGAUCUCUAACCAGAGCACCCACUACAUUCAGAUAAAUGCGUCUGUGUACUGCACGUUGUUUAUUCCAUUAGUGCUCACAUGGAUUUGUGGAUGCCUUCCAGGAAUGCGGCAGGCCCCAGAUGGGGAAGCUAAAGACUGGGCACCCCGUUCAUUCAGAAUCUUCCUAACCCUGUGUCGGGAAUUCUAGGCCCGGAGAAACAAAGCCGAUCCUUAGCACCUCCCUGAUCUCACGGGGCUGGCUGCGUCAGUGAGAAAAUGAAUGUGAAGAGUUCUGAAAAGGAUGAACUAGCCUGUGUGUGUUGUUAUUCUUAUAGCUCCAUCUGGGUGGUUUUCAGGAUGUGGAGGAGGGCUUCAAAUCUGGACUGCCAGGGACGGCGGCAUGGGUGGAUGCCGCUCAAGAGCACCAUACCUAGGAGGCACUCACGAUUCAUGCCCUAGUCGCCGCGGAUUCGUAGAUUUAUGACAGUAAUUCCCCAGCUGGUGGCAGUCAUAUGUCUUGAGAAGGGAGCUCUGUUUUGGAAUUUGCACAAGGGUAAGGGUGUGGAGGGCUAGUGGGGAGGAAGACGGGGCAAGGGGAGAGAGGCCUGGGCACUGAGACAGGGCUGCCUCAGACCUAAGACUGGCAGCGUCCUAGGAAGUGUCGCUAAGCAUGUUCUGGACGUUUUUAUUGCUGUUUCUGAGAAGUGGGAGAGAGGCGAGUUAUUUAUGGAUGUAUUUUAGGCAGUGUUCGGGAACAGAGCAUGCAAAUGUGAAGGAUCGGAGUAAGUGUUGCAGUGAAGGUCAGGAACCUUCUGCACAGAGUCUCUUAUUGGGAAUGAUGUUCUUUACGCUGUGUAUUUCAUAUGAGUCCCCGAUGCUGGCAUCUGAGUCUCGCUUUUGUACUGUUGAUUUGAACCAAUAAAGAUACCGACUUGCACAAA